AUGGUGCCCAGUAACUCGCGAGGAGCAUCGUCUCCCACAGAAGACCCAAGAGAGUUCAACGCCCAGGACUUGGAAGAUAUCGACACCCCAGGACUCGAUCUGUUAUCUCUUUCCCGCGCAGUUAAAGCAAGGAAAAGUGAAUAUACCUGCCGGCAGACUAUCCAGGUCAAGGUUGGCACAUGGAAUGUGGCCGCUAUCUCCGGCACUGAAAAAGACAUCGGCAAGUGGUUUGUCCAGGGCCAAGGAGUGUGCGAGAAGUUUUCGGGCUUGAAGGGCUCAGACUUCCAAAGAAAUGUCACAACAGGUGGAUCUAGUGGAUCCAAUGAAGAAAAGGAGGAAGCUCAGAAGGAGGGAAGGUCGGCCAAACCAUUUCAAUGCAGUCCCGAGGAGGUCGAUCUCUAUGUUCUAGGCUUGCAAGAGGUCGUCGAUAUUUCCUCUCCCACUGAGGCUCUGCGGCCCUUUGUCGACUCCGGACCAUCAACCCGAUGGAAAGAUGCUGUUCAGAAGGCGCUUCCCCAGGGCUAUCAACUCGUUUCCGAGGUUCAGCUUCUCGGUCUUUUGCUCCUUAUCUAUGCAUCUCCGGCAAUUGCAGAAAGUGUUUCAUCCGUUAGCACAAGUUCUGUGGGAACGGGACUGAUGGGCUACAUGGGCAAUAAAGGUGCCGUUGCGACCCGUGUGGUACUGGGGGAAACCACCCGUUUAGUGUUUGUAAACUCCCACUUAGCGGCUGGAUCGGACAAGGGCAGCUUAGAAAGGCGCAAUUGGGAUGCAUCCCAGAUUGUUUCGCGCACCAAGUUUGAGUCGGCUGACCCGGAGCGCACGCAAAAUAAUCAAGUCGAUGUGAUUGGCGACGAAGACUUCACGUUCUGGUUCGGUGACUUGAACUACCGACUUGAUGAUAUUCCGGGCGAUGAUGUGCGACAGUGUCUCGCUCGACACACUGUCAAUGCCUAUGAUACUGCGCGCCAGGAGAAGCAAAAGUUGAGCAGUCGCCAGGGUUCCAAGGUCGAUUCUGAUCCUGAGCCUGAAUCUAACCCGCCAUCGCCCACGGAAGGAGAAGAAUACGCCGAACCUGUGGGCGAUGAGGAAAUUGAUCCUCACAACGAUCCUGCAUCUCUGCAAACAACGAUUUCCUCUCUUAUUGUGCAUGAUCAACUACGCACCCAGCAGAAGAAAGGAACUGCCUUCCACAAAGGGUGGAACGAGGGACAGAUUUCGUUCUUGCCGACAUACAAAUACGACGUCGGAAGCGUGGCCAUGUUCGAUUCCAGUGAGAAGCAGCGUGGUCCCAGCUGGUGUGAUCGAAUCCUCUACCGGACCAGACGGGACAUGCUCAAGCAUGAACAACAAGAACGGGAAAUAAAAGAGGCUCGAAAGCGGGACAAAGAGAUGGAGGCUCGUGGCUUGGACAAAGCUGUUGCAGACUACAAUGUCUUAUUCGAAUAUGACCCCGAGACAGAUGGCGCGGAUGGUGGAGACGGUUCGGACGGUGCUGCCGAUGUCGACGACUAUAUCUCCGAUGAAGAUGCAGCAAAAUUCGCCUCAAACUCGCCUCGGGACUCCUCUCAGGAUCUCACCGAGGACCUUGCUCAAGACUCUAUUAGUUUGCACCAUUAUAUCUCCCACCAAGGCAUUCUAUCUUCCGACCACAAACCUUUGGACGCAAUAUUCACCUUGAACAUCGAUGCGGUUAACCCUAGCCUCAAGGCCAAGGUUCAUCAAGAGGUAGUGCGUGAAUUGGACAAGGUCGAGAACGAGUCCCGACCCGGCCUCACGGUAGUAGUAGAUACCCCUGCCGGCGAAAAACGAUCAGAAGGAGACCCGAAUGCCGUGGAUUUUGGCACAGUUCCCUACGAUGUUCCCGUUCACCGGACUUUGACCAUUGCCAAUACCAGCAGUACUCCGGCGACCUUCUCAUUUGCCGAACGGCCUGGCUUCGAAGGAGACCACAAAAACGAAACGGAAUCCUGGCUUGACAUUCAGAUCAAUCAUGUUGGUGAGAGUCAUUCUGACGGAGAAGCCGUUAGCAGCCAUACCUUGCAUCCCGGAGAAGUGGCUCAUGUCAAUGUCACUAUUCACGUUCGCCUCAUCAAGCAUGUCCGCCUACUGAAUCUGAAAAAAAUCAAGCUGGAGGAGAUCCUCGUCUUACAUGUGGACAGUGGUCGGGAUCAUUUCAUCUCUGUCUCAGGUCAAUGGCUACCAACGUGCUUUGGAUGUAGUGUUGAUGAGUUAACUCGCAUGCCAGAGGCUGGCGCUCGGAGCCUUGCAGCGGAUGGAACCGCAUCCUUGUCCAAAGGUGAUAACGAAGUGCGGUUAUCAGCUCCCCGCGAGCUUUUCCGAUUGACCGAAGCCAUUUCUGAGCUGGCAGAGCGUGCAGUAGCAGAAUGGAGCAUGACAAAGGGCGAGUCUGGAGAGGAGCCCCCAUGGGCCAAAGAUCCAUCCGGAGCGGCAUGGCCCUUUGAGCUAGGGACAUGGACCCUAAAAGAGCAACAUGAGCGAGCACCUCUCCUCGCCUCAGUCCGCGAAGCCCUCGAUACCAACAAAUCACUAUAUUCCACGUUCGCACCGGAAAUUCCACCCUUGCAUCGUCUCGAGAUCCUCUCCGAAACCCUCCUCUCCUUCCUCAACUCCCUCAGUGAUGGUAUCGUCACUGCAUCCGUCUGGCAAGAAAUGGAGCAGCACAUGCUCGCCCGCGAGAAAACAAAAGCUCCGCCUCGAACAUGGGAAGAAAGUCAAGCCUGGGUCCUCGAAAGCCUAGCCUACUCACCCGCACACAGUGUCUCCUUCACUUUUGUAACAUUCAUGCUGGCCCGGAUCGCCAAUGAAGUCGCUCCCGUCCCAUCAACAGCGCAACCAACUUCUCCAUCAAGUCGCAAAGAACGACCUUCCGACGCCGACUCUAAAUCCAAAGAAGAGAACACAUCCGAAUCCCAAAUUCAACCCCCAACACCUGCUUCCGCCGCAGCAUUUAUUGCCGCAGGCAGUUUCCGCCGCAAGAACCGUUCACCGACUGUCACCGAUUCCGAUCCGUCUGCGGGUACCGCAUCUCAGCCCGCAGCGCGUCGCCAGUCCGUUGAGUCAUCAUUCGCGUCGAUUUUUGCUCGCGUGCUUAUUUCGGCUUCUGUAUCUGUUCCGACGAAGGAGAAGGAUAGACGGGCAUCCGAUGAGCGGAAGAAGAGUAUCAUCGAGCCAUUCUUGAAGAUGAUUGGUGUUGAUGAGCGGGGGCCGUCGGGUGGUCGCUAA